GAAGAACACGAAAAAUUUUAUAAAGAUGAUAAUCAUCCAUUAUUCUAUGUGAUGGCUGAUACUGUUUUUGUUGCUGCAGGCACUCUUGGGACAAAUGAAAUUUUACUCAGAUCAAGAAUAUUUGGUCUUGAAAUUAGUCCAAAAUUGGGCAUGGGCUUCAGUGGAAACGGUGAUAUUUUGGGAUUUGGCUAUAAUACAGAUUUGUUUUGUAAUGGAAUUAGUAUGGGCAUAAAAAAUCCGUUAGAAUUUAGAAAUGGUCCCGUUGGUCCUUGCAUCACAGGAAUUAUUGAUAUGCGUAGGUCAGCUGAAAACGUUUUGGAAGGUUUCGUUAUUGAAGAAGGUGUAUGUCCGGUAGCUACCGUUCACUUUCUAAGUGCUGUCUGUCAAGCUUCAGAAAUUCUUUCAGCAGAUGUGUCAACUAGCCUUACGAUUGCUCAAAGAAUUUUAAAAAAUGUAAAAGUUCUCAUGUCAAAGUUUUCUAAAUAUAGUGGUGCAUUGGCGAAUACUCAGACAUAUUUAAUCAUGUCGCACGAUGAUAAUUCGGGAAGGAUACAGUUGGAAAAUGAUCAAGUUAAAAUUGAAUACAAAGGUGCUGGCAAGUCAAAUACGGUUGAAAAGUUGAAUAAAACCUUGGAGCUUGCAACUGCAAAGGUAAAUGGUGCUUAUGUACCUUCACCUUUGUGGGCGAAAGUUUUUGGAAAAGGAUUAAUUACUGUUCAUCCAAUUGGUGGAUGUAAUAUGGGCAAAGAUGGUAGUUCUGGAGUUGUUAAUCAUAAAGGCCAGGCACGUGAAGGUACAGAAGUAUAUGAAAAUCUUUAUAUUUGUGAUGGGGCCAUAGUACCAACGGCACUUGGUGUCAAUCCAUUCUUUACAAUUAGUUGUUUGGCUGAGAGAAUUGUAAAUCUGGCUGCUAAAGAUCGAGGCCUGGAAAUCGAUUAUGGGCUUGUUAAGCAACAAAUCGAUUGGACUAAACCAAUCAGAAGAUGGUCUUCUGAUACAGUAACACGUAAUAAUUUAGAGAAUAGAAUCCAUUUUAAUGAAUUUAUGAAAGGAUAUUUUUCGACCGAAGCCAAAGCAUCUGCUUCUACAAUGCAAUUCACGGUAUCUGUGAUUGCAAAUAAUGAACAAUCAUUAUUUGAUUUGGAGGAAUUUUCGGCGGGAAUUGCUGGCACAGUUUCUUGUCGCGCACUCUCACCUGAUCCUCUUAUUAUAGAAAAAGGAAAAUUUCGACUUUUUGUUAAAAAUGACGAACAAGUUGAUUCACAUGCGAUGAUGUAUAACUUCAACUUGUUAGCUACUGAUGGGAAAAAAUAUCGAUUUAAAGGAUUCAAGAAAUUACAGAAUACAAAUGUAUUUACAGCAUGGGAGCAGGUGACAACUCUGUAUGUUACUGUAUUUGAGUGCCCAGAAGAGAAUGAAUAUGUAUUCAGUAAUAAUAUGGAUCAAAAUAAAGAUGAUGAUAUUGAUGUGAAUCAUGAGAAUCGAAAAGUUAUCGGAAGAGGAAUUUUACAUUUAGAGGUAUCCAAUUUUAUUAAACAGCUCUCUACUUUGAAGGCAACUGGAAAUAGCAUGAAGAAUCAAGGGAAUGCGCUGUUCCGCUUUAUAAAAUCCUUUACAAAUAUGAUGUUAAUGCAUAGCUUUUCAAGAUUUAGACCAUUAUCAUAUCCGGGUCAUUUUCCAAUCGCUCGACCAUUUUAUCAUAAACAUAGACCUCAAAAAGAAACAUUUACUAUAGAAUCCGAUGAUAAGGUUGUAACUUUGAUUCAUAGAUUCAAAGGAUCCAAAGGACCUGUACUUUUGGUUCAUGGCGCCGCCAUGUCGCAUGAAAUGUGGACAACAAAUUUGGUCAAAGAUGGUCUCGUGGAUUAUCUAUUAGAACAUGAAUAUGACGUAUGGCUAAACGAUUCUAGAAUAUCACCAACAAAUUCUGAAUGCUAUAAACAACAUACGUUGGAUGCGAUAAAAUUAGAUCAGAAAGCUGCUGUUAAUUAUGUGCGUAAAGAAACGGGGUGUGAUAAAAUCGCUGUUAUUGUGCAUUGUCUUGGAAGCAUCACUACUAUAAUGGGAAUCCUGGAUGGAUCUAUUGAAGGGGUCGGGUCUUUGAUUACAAGUCAAGUGGCUUUAAAUCCAAUCAAUGGAGUUGUGGACAUCAUGAAACGAAAGUUUGGGGUCCUUACAUUAUGGCGUUCUGUGUUUAGGCAAGAGAUGUUUGACGUUCGUACGUCUCCAGAUACCAAUUUAUUAAACUAUAUUCUUAACCAAAUUCUACGAUUCUACCCGGUUCCACGUGGUCAAGGAUGUAAUAAUGCAUUAUGUCACCGAGCAUCAUUGUGUUAUGGCACACUAUUCCAGCAUGAGAACAUAAAUCAAGAGAUUCAUGAUCAUGUAGAUGAAUUUUUUGGGGCUGUUAACCUGACGACAAUGGCUCACAUGAUGACUAUUACAAGUGCUAAAAAGCUUGUUGAUUUUAAUGGGAAUGAUGUUUACGUUACUGAGGAAAAUAUAAAGAAAAGAUUAGAUUUCCCGAUCUUUCUAUUGCAUGGAGAUAAGAAUGUUGUAUUUGACAUAGAAUCAACGCGAAAGUCUUAUGACACCCUCAUCAAGAUUAACGCUCAUAAUAUGAACAAUUAUAAACUAUUUGAAGCUCCAGGUUAUGGACAUAUGGAUUGUUUGUGGGGAACUAAAGCUCAUAAAGAGGUGUUUCCGGAACUUUUAAAACACUUGGAAAAUACACAGAGCGUUUAUGGUUACGGCUUGAAUUUAGGAGAAUCCAUUAUGGGAGAACAAAUUGGAGGAAAAUUAGAGAAAGUUUCUCUGUCUGAAAAUGGGUCAAUAAUUUUGGGAGAUUCCAAAUUAGCUUAG